AUGGAUUUGUGAUUUUUCAUCAGCACAACCAACAGUCACAGUGAAAAUUUAAUUUUCCUUCAUUUCCAAAAGAAUAUUUUGUGGACAUUUUCUUUCGUUGCUUUUGCGUUAGUUGAUUGUUAAUUCAUUUAAAAUUGGUUAAAUUCAACAAAUUAGAUAUAAAAAAAAACGUGUGUUUGAGUGAAGAGACAAAUUGGGAACCAAGUGAAUGUUCCAAUGAAGCGGAUGAUUUGAUGUGUCAUUUUAACUGGCUGCAUUAAAUCUAUACUCAAAUGAACAGAAGCAAAUAAAUCGAUAUAGACGAAUUUCGUAAAUCAUAAAGUGUUCCAAAUAUCGUGAAUAAAUCGAUUGAAAUGUGCGCUUUUGAUGGUUCAAUGUCUCGGCUAAACUAGAUAAUGCUUAAAUUACCAAAGGGAUUAAAAAAGAAGAAAAACAAAAAGUCAAAAAAGAAUCAAGAACUUUUCACCGAAGAAGAACUUGAGCAGUUUAAGCGUGAGCAGAAAGCCAAACAGCUUGCCGAACAAGAAGAAGCUGAAAAACAGGAGGUACAACGACAACAAUCAGUAGCAGCCGCAGAAGCAGCAACAGCAUCAACAUCAACAUCCAAGCCAAAAACCGAUGACGACGAAUGGUCGAAAUUCACUCAACUAACGAGUGGCAUCGAUUCAAUUCUAAAGAAGACACAAGGUGAUUUAAAUCGCAUCAAAGAGAAAUCUUUCUUCCAGAAAGUUGUACCGCCAAAGCCAAAGCCAGAGGUAAAAUUACCGGAAAAAGUCGAAGAAGAAAAACCCAUUCUUACCGAAGAGGAAUUAGAAGAGCAACGUAAAUUAGCGGCACUCAGAGAGGCCGUUGUUGAACUUUCCGAUUCGGAAGGUGAAUCGGAGGAGGACGAGGAUAUCUUUGAUACCAAUUACAUCGAUGAAUUAGCCAGUGGAAAUUUACCGCUCGCAUACGUUCCAGAAUCACCCGAAGAAUCAGAUUUAGGACCCGAUCCGUUCGAUACUAAUUUUGCCGAGAAAGUUAUCAAAGGGCCCGAAGUAUCGAAGCGUGGCAAGAAAAUCGUUAAUAUCGGCUCAGCGGUUGAAGUUUUAACCGGACGCGUUGAAAAUGUUGCAUUAAAUAAGGAAGCAUUGAAACGACCACGACGUGGACCACAAAAUUUACUGCUUUCCAGUUUUGAUCAAGAUAAGGAGCCAGCCGAAGAGGAAACAGUUGUUGAAGAGAUCAAAGCAAAAGUUGUCGAAGAGAAACCAGUGCUUUCAUUACUAGACGAUUCGAGUGACGUUAUAGCUGAUGCUCCGAUUGAUAUAGGUCACGUGGACACACGUUAUUUGGAAUUUUUGAAACAGAAACAAGAAGAAGAAAAAGAAGCGGAAAGACUGCGCAAAGAGGCCGAACGUGACGAGUUUGAUGAUUUGGCCGAAGAGUCACUGACCAAACCAAAAACAGAUGUUAUUGUAGUUGAUCCAAGCACUCUCAUUAUCGAACCAAUUCCAGUUGAGCCCGGCAAUUGGAAAUCGGAAUUCGAGGAACAAGCCGAAUUGGGCAUUGUUGAUGUGUACGACGACGAUAUCGCCGAAGAAGACGUAGAUCCAUUUGAUACUGAAUUUGUUGCAACGGUUGUACGUGAAAAGAGUAUUGACGACGACGAUUUUGAUCCACGUGCCGGUGAAGAGCCAGUUGAACCGGAGUCUAUCAAAAAAAUCGAACCAAUUUACCAAACAAAUUUAGCGGUUAAGCAAAAGGAUUUAUUGAGCGGCAGCACAAGUGAUUUGACCGAUUUAUCACACAUCCCAGUAAUCGCUGCCAGCGAAUCGAUCGAAAAGGAAAUCGAUCCAUUCGAUACAUCGGCCAUAAGUGAGUUGGUGCAACCGAAAGAAACGGAAAUCAAAUAUUUGGAAAAAGAAUUGUUAAGUGACGGCGGUUUAAAACAUUCGUUGAGUGACCCGGACUUUGAUCCAAGAAGUGACGAAAAAGUUAUCGAAAAACCACAAGCACAAAUAACUACAGCCGAACGCAAAUCAUCGCUUUGCUUGAAUAUUGGCCAACAUCCAGCGAAGACUGUUGUGUUUGAUGUGAGUGGCACCUUGAACCCAAACAGCGACGGAAGAAAGAAACCAGUGACGCCAUACUAUUCCGACAAAUCGAUUGAAGACGUUAACGAGGCAGCUGACAUAAGCGAUUCAGAUUUUGAUCCACGUGCCGUUACACCGAACCAAAACCAAGCCCAAAAAACAGACUUGUUGAGCGCGAGCGGAGAUAAUAUUGAUAUCAAAGUACUUACGCCAGCCACAUCAACAAACAAUCAAGAGGAAGAAUUCGCUGUCGAAGAUCCAUUCGACACAAGUAACGCAUCUGCACUUCUAUUGCCCGGCAAAGCCGAACUCAAAUUGAUUGAAAACGAAUUGAUUGAAACCAUUCAAAGCACUGAAAAGACCAACGUUUUGGACAUCAACUCCGAUCAGCAGGAACUCGGUUUAGGUGGAAAAGUUCUAACGCCCCAAAUCACCUUACCCGUUGAGGAUUCAUUUGACGAUAUCGAUCCGUUCGAUACAUCGUUCGCAAGCAAUAUCGGACCUGGCCAAGCCGAAAUCAAGGUGCUUGAGUCUGAAUUGAUUCACAAGUAGAUAUUUAUUAACACAAGUAGACGCAAACGAAAACGCAAACGUAAAACCAAAUCAAAAUGUCCAAUCCAUUCCUGUUUGACGAUGAAGUCGAUCCUUCGGCUGAAUCAGCGCCAAAUCCAUUCUUACUGAGCAACGAACCAGAAGCAGCAGCACCCGAAGAAGAAUCCGACAAUCCAUUCUUGUCUGAAGCUGUCAACCCAUUUGCCUUCGAUGGAGACGAAGAGACUAGUCAACCAGUCACUGCUGAGCAACCAACUAAAGCUGAAAUACGAUCCGUCGAUAAAGCGAUGAGCUUUUUCGGAACUACCAUAACCGAAGACGAUGAACAUGAACCUGUUGUGCCCGUACAAGCUACAUUUGCCGUUGAAGAAAGUGUGAAAAAAGGUCCACCACCACGGCCAACACCACCAAAUCCAACGACUCAAGAUUUAAUCUCAUCGGUGGCCGAUCAACUCGAUCAAACUAGCACGCAUCUGCUCGAUCGACUUCCAAAAACGAGAACUCCAUCUCCGGUUUCAAUGCGUGAUUUGCACACGCCAAGUCCAACGCCCGAGAUGGCGAAUCUGCUAAUGAGCGAUGUUUUUGAAGCAGAUCCAACAAGAAAUGGGCUGCGAACUGACAAUCCAUUCGCUGAUGUUGAAGAUGAGCUCGUGUAUCAACCGCCAGCUGUUGAGCAAAAAAUUCCACCAAGACCAGCACCGCCACGAUCAUCUCCACCCGAGGAAGUGCCACAUCAACCAGACGCUGAGGCCGAUUUAUUUGAUUUUGGAACGAAUACUGCGCCAAAACCACAAGUACCAAAAUCAAAUCAGGAUAUUCUAAGUUUAUUCGCAGCACCAAAAGUAGAACCAAAAAAACAAGACCUUCUCACGGACAUUUUUCUGAUGGACAAUAUCGCACCAAUCCAGUCGAAUUUACCAACGCAACAAGCAAUACCGAAUGUGGCACCGUCUCCGGUGCCUGCGCCUAUUCCUGCAUCGGUAGUGAGUGCACCUCCGGUAGUUAACCCGGCUCCAUCAGCAGUGCCACCUGCUCGACCAGCACCACCGCAAAGACCAGCCGCUCCACCACAACGACCUGCACCACCGGUUGUACCCAAACCUCCUGUCAUCGAGCCAGUUGCGCCUGUAGUUCAUGAGCAGCCGGCAGUAGUAACCAAAACGAUACCAAGUGUACCUUCGGUCGAGGACAUUCCACAAGUUGAGAGCGAACACAAAAAACACGUUGAACAGCCCACGGAAAGUGUACCAGUUUCAUCGAUCAAAAUCAAUGAUGAACCGUUUAAUGGAUUGCAUGACACUGAUAAAUCAGAUACAAUAUCCGACAAUAGCAGUGCUGUAGACUCAUCGAUUCGAACACCGGGAAUCGCAACGCCUUUCUAUUCACCUGGUCCGGAUGCGCAAUAUUUGGACAGAGGUCAAACGCCAGUCGAUCACCAAUUGAACAACGCAAAACAAGACAUGAUCAACACGUACAUAAACGAAGCAUCUGCGUACGAUGCAUCGGCUGAAUUGAACCCAUUCGGUUCGCCUGAGAGUGCAGUCACGCCUCAGCAACCAGCUAAAACAUUCCAACGGAACGAUACAUUCGAUGCAUUUGCAGCCAAAUUUGAUUCAGUCAAAAAAGACGACGGAUUGCUCGAUAGCUUUGGAGGAGGCUCUAGUGGAUACAAAUCACCAGCUCCAAGCGAUGCUUGGGGCGAUAACGAUUUCGUAACACCCGGUGAGUCAAGUGGUUUUGAUGCUGAUGAAGGUUUCGACUCAUUUUUGGCGAUGCAAGCACCGCCUGAAGAUGAAACAACGAAAGCCGGAUUGGCACCACCACCAUCGCGUGGAUCACAAGGCAGCUCAAUUUAUGCUGAAGAUCGCAGUGAUGAGCGCAGUUUGCCAUUGUCAGACGAAAAUAAAAUGAAUCGAACUGGAUCGCAGGAAUCGCCAUCGACACCACUCUUUGACGACGAUGUAUCGCAGCCACUCGAAGAUUUCCCACGCAUCACGUACACCGGCAGCGGUUGGGAUAUGUAUUUGCGUCAACCGAACAAGAAGAAAUUCACAGCUCAACGCUUUUGGAAGAAAGUGUUUGUGCGUAUAACCUUCCAGAACGAUACGCCUGUCAUUCAAAUGUUCAACACCGCCAAAGACAAAGAACCAUUUCAAGAGCUUCCACUGCAAGGAUGCUAUUCCGUAUCCGAAAUCAGUGCACAACCGUUCGAUCAAUUUGGUAAAAUAUUCACGAUAAAAUUGCAAUACAUUUUGUACAAAGAACGGCCUGGCGUACGACCGGGCCAAGUGACCAAAGCCGAGCGCAUAACAAACAAAUUGAGCAAGUUUGCUGCAUACGCCAUUCAAGGCGAUUAUCAAGGAGUUAAAGAAUUCGGAAGCGAUUUGAAGAAAUUAGGUUUGCCCGUUGAACAUCAUCCCCAUGUUUCUGAACUGUUCAAAAUUGGCGGGAACAGCUAUGAAGACGUUAAGCACUUUUCGGUAUUGAUUGAAGAGCAAUUUUUCAAAUUCAAUGUUCACCGUGAUCGAGCACUUACCUACAAAUUCGAAGAAGUUCAGGUGACGGCAGUCGAUGAAUUCUUUGCCGAACAAACGUACGAUGGUUUGAUAACACGUCAAAUAGCUCGGGUACGUUUGUUUUUCUUGGCAUUUUUAAAUGGAAUGCCAACCAUUGAAUUGGGCGUGAACGAUAUGUGGCGUCAAGGAAAAGAAGUGGUUGGACGACACGACAUUAUUCCGGUUGCCACUGAGGAAUGGAUUCGUUUGGAAGGUGUUGAAUUCCAUGCAUGCGUUCAGCAGAAUGAAUAUGAACGAAGUCGACUGAUUCGAUUCCAACCACCUGACGCUUGUUACAUCGAAUUAAUGCGAUUCCGUGUACGACCACCAAGAAAUCGAGAGUUGCCAUUGCAAGUGAAAGCUGUGUGGUGUGUCACUGGCAAACGGGUUGAGCUGCGUGCUGAUGUUCUUGUUCCUGGUGUUACGUCCAGAAAACUUGGCCAAAUCCCAUGCGAAGAUGUUUCGAUUCGAUUCCCCAUUCCAGAAUGUUGGAUUUAUUUGUUCCGUGUAGAAAAACACUUUAGAUAUGGUUCAGUAAAAUCGGCUCAUCGUCGAACCGGUAAAAUCAAGGGUAUUGAACGUAUUUUGGGAACCGUAGAUCAAUUACAGGAGUCGCUAAUCGAAGUAACAUCGGGACAGGCGAAAUAUGAGCAUCACCAUCGUGCUAUUGUGUGGAGAUGUUCACGAUUGCCAAAAGAUGGCCAAGGUGCAUAUACCACACAUCAAAUGGUUGUUCGCAUGGCGCUGACAAGCUAUGAUCAAAUACCAGAUAAAUUGGCUGAACAUUGUUUCGUCGAAUAUACAAUGCCGCAAACCGUUGUGUCACACGCCACAAUUCGUUCGGUUAGCGUUCAAGAUUCGGACAGUGAUGAUCCGCCAGAAAAAUACGUGCGAUAUUUAUCUCGAUAUGAAUACCUAGUUGGCAUCGAGUAUACUCAAGGACAAGAGCAGAAUGCAUAUCUAGCGGCAACUUAUGUGAAAAAAGAAGAGCCAAAAGAGGAAAAGAAAUUACCGGCCCCGGUACCUGAAGUCAGUGAUUCUGAUUCAGACUCAAACUAAAUGAAUCCAUUGAUAAAACUAUGGCAUUCACAAUAAAUAAUAUUGAAUAUGAAUUCUCUACCAAUCAUAAUAGUUUAAAAAAAAAAAAGCAAAACAAAAAACUCAACAUGAAAAUGGCUAUUUAAUAAUACCAAUUUUAAGGACAUCACAACAACGUUCAUAUCACGAAUAGAAGAAAA